ACACGUUUCGAACAAGAAGGUUUUUAUAAAAUUUGAAUACCUCCUAUACAUGAACAUAUCUGUUAAUAAUUUUUUUAUGUGUAUUUUUAUAUACCUUUAUAUCCACGUGUUUUUAUACAUCUCAUAACCUCAAUUAUACUGAUUUGAAUUUAAUUUAUAAAAAAAAAAAAAACAAAAUGGUAUUCAAUUGUGAUUUAAUAAAAACUAUAGAAGAUGACGAAGAAGUGCCAGAUUUUUCAGAGAAAUCAGACGAAGAAGAUGAUUUUCAGCCUCGAAAACAAAAAAAGCAAGAGAAAAAAGAUUUUGCUAUGGAUUUUGAAUUUGUAAAUAAUACUUCUGAAUACAAUCAAGAUACCUGGAAUGAUUUAAAUAAAUAUAUUAAAAGAAAAGCUAAAAGUAAAUUAGAUGAUAAGAUAAACAGUAUUAGGAAACAAAAGGAAACAGAGAAUGGAAGUAUCAAUGAUAAUGACAACAAAAAUAAAAUAGAAAUUUAUGAAGAAGAUAAUGAGUUUUCCUUGUCUGAGGAUGAACUCAAAAAAGAUGCAUUUAAAACCAAGCAGAGGAAAGGUAAAAGGAAAGACACUACUAAAGAACAGAAUGAAGAAACAAUUAAUUUUGAAGAAUUUACAAAUGUCGAUUCUUAUGUGUCUUUUCAACAAAUGAAUUUAUCUAGACCCUUAUUAAAGGCAAUAACGACAAUGAAUUUUGUCCAUCCAACACCUAUUCAAGCAGCUACAAUACCAUUUGCUUUAAUGGGACGUGAUAUAUGUGGUUGUGCAGCAACAGGUACUGGGAAAACUGCAGCUUAUAUGCUACCAACUUUGGAAAGAUUAUUGUACAGACCUUUGAAUGGUCCUGCUAUUUCACGAGUUUUAGUACUUGUACCAACAAGAGAACUUGGAGUUCAAGUAUAUCAAGUUACAAAACAAUUAUCACAAUUUACGACAAUCGAAAUAGGAUUAUCUGUUGGUGGAUUAGAUGUAAAAAUUCAAGAAACUGUAUUGCGAAAAAAUCCAGAUAUUGUAAUUGCAACUCCUGGAAGAUUGAUUGAUCAUUUAACAAAUACACCAACUUUUUCUUUGGAUAGCAUAGAAGUGCUUAUUUUAGAUGAAGCAGACAGAAUGUUGGAUGAAUAUUUUGCUGAACAAAUGAAGCAUAUUAUAAAACAAUGUUCAAGAAACAGACAAACUAUUUUAUUCUCAGCCACUAUGACAGAGGAAGUCAAAGAUCUGGCUACUAUGUCGUUAGACAAACCUGUGAAAGUAUUUGUGGACAGUAAUCAAGAAGUUGCAUUUAAUUUACGACAAGAAUUUAUUAGAAUACGCAAAGAAAGAGAAGGUGAUCGCGAAGCAAUAUUAGCAGCUUUAAUUUGUAGGACAUUUCAUGAUCACACUAUGGUUUUUGUACAAACUAAAAAACAAGCUCAUCGAUUGCAUAUUUUAUUAGGAUUAUUAGGCAUAAAAGUUGGAGAACUUCAUGGCAAUCUUACACAACCUCAAAGAUUAGAAAAUUUAAGAAAAUUCAAAGAGGAAGAAAUAGAUAUUCUGUUAGCAACCGAUGUUGCAGCUAGAGGAUUAGAUAUUAGCGGUGUGAAAACAGUAAUUAAUUUUGUAAUGCCUGUUACCAUAAAACAUUACAUCCAUAGAGUCGGAAGGACAGCCAGAGCAGGUCGUGGAGGAGUAUCAGUAUCAUUAGCUGGUGAACAAGAACGUGGUUUAGUGAAAGAAAUUAUCAAACAAGCGAAGAAUCCUGUAAAAAAUAGGAUAAUACCUCCGGAUAUAAUAGACAAAUAUAAUAAAAAAUUACAAUCUUUAGAACCUGAUAUGGAAAGAAUAUUACAAGAAGAGAAGAACGAAAGAGAACUUGCCAAAAUAGAAAAUCAAGCAAAUCGCGCUGAAAAUUUACUUAAAGGUUCAGACGACAAGAAUCAUAGAAGUUGGUUCCAAAGUGCUAAGGAAAGGAAACGUGAGAAAGAAAAAUUGUCUUUAACGACGAAACAACCACGUAAGAAAAAAGAUAAGGAGGAAAAAGAAUUUUCCAACGUAGUAGAAGAAAAGAAAAAAAAUGCGAAAAAAGAACAACAUAAAGAAACAGCCGAAGAUAGAGCGAAUAAAGAGUUAGAGAAGAUAGCAGCGUAUCAAGCAAGAAUAGCUAAACAAAAAUCUAAAGCAAAGAAAAUUAGAACUGUUGUAGAUAAAAAUGGAUAUAAUGUGAAUAAUAAAGGAUCUAAAAAACGAUCACGAUCUUCAUUUGCUGAUGAUUUGACAGAUACUAGCAAUAAAAAUGUAAAAAGAAUGCGUUAUGAAGCAAAUAAGAAACAGAAAUCUAAUCCAUUGGCACGAAAAUCAAAUGUUCUUGGAGGAAAAAAUCAAAAGAAAAAAUUAAGGACACGUUAAAUUGUAAAUAUAUUUGUAAUAAUAAUAUUGUAUUAAUAAAAUUAAAAAACAUAUGUCACUUUUAAUUAUUUAUUUUAUUAUAUAAUCAUUACAAUACUUUAGUUAUGUCACAAAUUGACAGAUGAAUAGCACUGAUUAUUUUAAUUGGUUUUUGAUCAGUAUGUAUGGAUAAUGUAUGACCAUUUUUUGUAAAAACUGCAGUACUAUGCAUCAUUAUAUUGAAGAUAUUACAGCACCUAAGAAAGUAAUAUUAACUUAUAUAAGAUCUGUGGUUAAAGAUGAGCGUACAAAUUAUUUUGGUGAUCAAAAAAUUUAAUAUAGAUAUGUAUCUAUUAUGAAAUAAAACAUCUUUAAAAAUUAUAUCUACAUCAAUUGCAAGACUAUAACUUCAAAGAAACUUGUGUUGAUAUAUUGUGAUAUGAAAUGGUUAUCGAUAUACAUCCACAAGUUUACAAUAAAAGCAAUACCCUCAAAUAUAUUUGAUUAAAAAGCCUAAGUUAUACUUGAAAUGUAUGGUUUAUCAUUAAUGGCGUAUAAAAUAAUAUUUAAUAUAAUUAUUGUAAUUAAUAUUACCCUAAAAUGCGAAUUUAUAAUUUGCAGAAGAAAUGUAACAUUAGAACUCUUCCUGUACUGUAAUCCGUGUGAAUUCGAGUAUAUUAGUAUAAUAAUCUCAAUCAUCCAUCAUUACUUACAAUAACAUGCACACUAUAUGCAGUUCUACCUGUAAUAAAUGAUCAUCACAAGAAGAAAAAGAAACUUCCGGAGAUAUAGGCCAAAUUUAAAUUCUUCGAAUUUUAUUCAAAUUCGUACCCAAAUCUCUUUUCUGUUUAAUGAUUAAUAAAAUCAAAUACUUGUUAUAUAUUUAUGAAUAUUAAAUAAGAAUUAAUAUUUAGAAUAGUCCAGAUAUAAAUAAUACAUAACACAAAAAAACGCUUCAAUACAUAGGCAAUACACUUAUUUGUAAAUAUAAAAACUAAAUUAGUUUUCAAUCUCUGGAACAUUUAUUUUUCUUGAUUACACAUUAAUAUUUAAUGUGUGAUAAAAAAGUUUGUAUGAUAAUAAAAAUAGUAGUAGUGAUGAUAAUUACCUGGCACAUGCACUUGUAUUAUAGUGAGCAUGUGAAAGGUAUAUAAUCACACUAGAGUUAAAUUACGUUUAUAUAUAAUUAUGCUAUAAUUUACAUAUUUAUAAACAGGAGUCUAUAUUAUCACUGAGGUAUAAACUUGCUAGUGAAUUUUUAUAAAUAUAGAAAACCUGAAAAUGAAAUAGUUUACUUAGCAAAAUGUUAAUGUCAAGAUAAAGAGUAAUAUACAUGACAUACUUAUUCAAAUUCAGUAUACUUGAUGCUUCAGCAUGGAGAUUUAAUUAUAUUUAAUGAAUAUGGUUUUUCUUUAUAGUAAACGUGUAUUAAAAAAUUGAUACUGUUAUGAAAAAUAGACCGUGAAUAAAAAUAUUAAAAGUAAUUUUUGAAGU